CCUGACGGCGGUCGGCAUGUCGUCGUCGGCACAGGCGGUUGACCAGGCGACGCUGGAGAGCAUCGCCCGCAACCGGAACCGCCUGCUGCGCCUCGCCGACAACAUCAAGGUCCGCAAGAAGCCGGGCUCCAAGAAAGCCGUCGACCUCCGCCUGGACCCCGGGUACACCAACAUCGAGCACCUGGUCUUCGGCACCUACAGGCAGCGGCCCUCGACGCCCGGCAACCCGCUGCCCUUGACCGGGGCCCAGGCGACCGCCGCGCCGCCCGCUGCGCCGCCCUGCACGGAUGACUUUGCGGGGCACCAUCACAAGACUGGACAGCCGGCGACGGUGUCAACACGUUGCGAGUGCAACGCCCACAGCCCACGGAGGUGCCCUCCUGGAACGGGAAACCACGAGGACCUCGCUGAGCACGGUGAAGAGGCCGUCGCACGCGCCUGUGCCGGCGAUCACGGUACCGUCCAGGCGGAACUCCGGGCGUCAGGUCAUGCGUGGUCCCGGUUGCCGGCGGUCCACGACGUCGCAGUCGCCCGCGAGGCUGCGGCAACAGGGCGUCCAGCGACGUCGGCAGUGACUUAUGACGUCGUGGCGGACGUCAGCCGAAACCCUUUGCGGGCUGACGGGUCGCCUCUCGUAAGGCGACAACAGAGACCAGACGUUGCUGAACCAUCUACGCAUUGCGAGCAGAGGAUCAUUCAAGUAGACCUGCAGGCUGCAUCUAGGCCCAAGCAACGGGAAGCGGCCGUUGUCUUUUCUGUGCAACCGACAGACGGAAGCGGGCGACAGGUCAGGAUUGUGUCCUCAGCUGGGGCAGUGCCUGCUACGAUUGAGUCGGGUAUUCCUAAGCCGCGUGUAGCCAAAAGGCCAGAAAAUCGGCUCCAAGGAAGUGUCGCUUACCCCAACGUAGUUGUGGAGGUGUGCCCGCAGUCGCAGCAACUCCAGAAUCCACCGGCUUCGGUGAUGCCAACGACCAGGCACCCUGCCAGGUCCAUUUCUUCGAGCGUCCACGGUAACGCUCAUGUUCAGCCGCCCUCGUUCCGUAAGUCGGCUUCCGUUUCCGAGAAGAUGCCCGUGAAACCCAUGACCAUUCCAGUCAUCAGGAAUGCAACCAUUCAUCGCUGGUCCACUGGGCCCAAGGCGUCGCAGAUGGUGCUGCCGAGGUCUCGCGCCAAGAUGUCCGAUGAGAGGGGACAGAGCAAACCUUGCGCGAGGACCGGGGUUAGGUUCGCGGAGCCACCGAACCCCUCGACUGUCUCGUCCUCGAACGUGAUGUCGGUCACGUCUACCACUAAUGGGGCGAGGACGGCUGACGCCUCGUUUCGUGGUUCGUCCAAAAAGUGCAUUCUCCGGGACGUGCCUCCUCCUGUCGUGCCCCCAUCGGGCAGAAGAGCUCCCAUUCCGGAGAGCUUUCGCCAACCGGUUGCUGAGCUUGCGCUGCCCGAAUCGAAGCUGGUGGUCGUCCCCAGGCACCACGUACAACACCGUCAGCCGGGCGCCUCGUCUUGCCAAGGGACUCCAGUCCACAGUUCGUCUCAGCACUCGAAACCGACCUCGGUUGCCUGCUCAAGCCCUCCCCUUUCAGUCCCGAGGAAGGACGUUCGCCCGGCCGACGUGCUACCACUGUCCCCCUGGAGACAGCCACCGGAACCAGCGCAGCCGCCAAAGGGAGAGCGCAGCGAAGAAAACUUGCUCAUCGAUGCAUGCAUUUCUCCUCCCGGUAUGUUCAAGGACCGGGACAUCACUCAUCAGGCGAACACACCCAAGCCUAACGCCAUGGGUUCCCCGCUGUCCCGUUGGGUGGGCAACACGAGCCGCGAAUCGGCCAUGCUGCUGAAUGAGCUCGCGAGCUACGCCGAGUCCAAGCUCCCGAGCCGACUGAACGAACCGCUGUCUAGAAUGGGUGCGGCUGCAGCCGACACGUGGUUUGACAGCCUGCGAAGGGACACCAGCGACGAACCGGCGGUAGUCUCACCCGUCCACGAGAGCGUCAACGGGCACCAUAGCGGUCCGAGGGUCGUCCCAGUAGGUCCGGAAGCUAGGAGUCCGUACAUGGGCAGGGCAACAAACGGCAAGGUGGUGGUAACGAUGCGCUCCCUCUCCGUGGACGACCGGAGGGAUGCACAGUCGAACGAAGUGAACCGAUCGCCCCUCCGAAAGUCUAACUCCGUCGACGUUGUAACUGGUCUUACGCGGGUGGACGGCGAGUGCCCGGCCACGCCGAGGUCGUCCAGGAUCGUCAAUGGCUCUUCCGCGCAGCACCAGGUCGGGUUUUCACCGACGAGGUCUCCUCACCAUAAGCGUCGUAACGUGGCCGUUUCGCAGACGCAGUCAGCCGCAGCGUGGGAGCAGCCUAAUUCGGUGCCGACCAAGAUGUGGAUGUCGGACAUCGAGGAGAGGGACGAAAACUCUUCAUCGGGUGCCAUCAGCAGGACUGCCUCCGUGGAACAGCCGGACCUGGUAACUUGGAUCAAGUCUCCGUCUUCUUGCGACGACGGAGGAGGCAUUGUGGUUCGAAUGGCUUCGUCGCCAGCGAAGACACGGGCCUUCUCGCCCCAGCUGAUUGAGGCGAAAGUGGCGGUGCGGUCGCCCACUGAGCCGACCUGUGCCAAUGGGGACGCCUUCGGUGGACUUGCUGGUGGAAUGUGCAACGGAAGUUCUGAAUCUCCUAAGGACAUGGCCAACGGUUGCAACGGAACUUCUGGAUGCGAGUUAGAGUCUCUUCCUUCGGAGCAUCUAGCACGCUGCAGUUUGGACAGCCACAACGACCUGAGCGGAGGCAACGCCACGCCGAACGGCGACGCCACCUCCACUACCGACCACCGUCCAGCCAUGGGCGCACACCCAUGCGACGCAAUCAACGGAGCCUCCACCGACCCCGACCCGACGUCCAAACGGGCUCGGGACAGGUCGGAGCCGAGGACCUCGACCGCCCUUCCGACAAUCCACUCCCCACUGCCUACUGCCAAUCACAAGCUCCUCUUGGGACGCCCGGGAAAGCUCGUCCGCAACAGGCCCAUCUCCCGGUCGGAGCGUCACCUCAAGGCCGCCAGCACGCCCGAGUUCCACAGCGGGAGUAGCGAGGACGUCUGCCGGGAGGUCCGCCGCCCGUGGUCCCAGCUCUACACGGACGUGGAAGCGGAGCAGCUUUUCGCGGCUGUCGGCAGCAUGUCCAGCCUCCCCAAGGACGACGUGGCUGCCGACCGGGGACUCUCGACCGGUGGUUCGAGCCUGCCGCCGCGCUAUUCCUCGCUUAGGGCGUCUAGUCCGCGCCUCAUAGCCGACAGCGUCCUCCAGAAGUUCCGCAAAACCUUCUCCAUGCGGUUCCAGCGGAGCCGUAAGGGGUCCACGACGUCUCUUCCCGCCAAGGACGAGGGUUCCUUGUCGAGCGCCGAGGACUGGCAGACCAGCUGGCCGCCAGGUUCUCCGCACCCGGAUGUCCCCACCAUGGCCGCCUCCAAGAAGUUAGCACAGAGUUCGGCCCCGUUGGCGCGUGGGGAGGACGACGAGGAAGGCUCGGGGGGCUUUCGGCUGGGGCCCGCCAUCCUCAGGGCCUCCAGGGAGCAGAAGCUGCAUCGCAAGAACCGCGAGCUCAGGGGCUCCAAGUGCAGCAGUGCGGAUAGCGGGAUUCAGCUCGAAGCCGCCGGUACCGGCGGGGAGCAAAUGUCCGAGGCAGACUCUACGGACGAGAGCCAAGGCGGUGCACAGAAGAGGGCGGACGGCGCCUGCGCAGAGAUCACCGUCAAUGGCAUCAGCUGCACGGCACUUCAGGGCGCGCACGAGUGUGCCGCCAGCGGCCGCGCCGAGUCCACGAAGCAUGACAGUCAGGAUGCACAGAAUCCACCCAGCCCCCUGUCACCAUCGCACCAAAGCCUGCACAACGCCCACAGUUUGGAAAGGCAAUUCUCCAUGCCACCCCCGAUCAAGACGAGGACGGAACGCUGCCCUCCGACACUCCGCCGGCAGAAAGGGCGUGGCCGCCUGCGGAGGUCCAUCAGUCAGCCGGUGGAUCUUGAGAAGUCGGAGAAGAUGGACCUGCUUCAAAAGGAGCAGCUGAACCACGGCCUUUCUGACCAAGAGGCUUCGAGGGAACCCAGCACGGCAUCCUCCGAGGAGGACUUCUCAUCUGACGGAGAAUCCUACUUUCAGAACCAAAUUCCGAAAGACUAUGAAGGUGUGACAUACGUGGAAGCCCUGUGGGAUCACGUGACGCUGGACUCCGAAGAACUUGCGUUCCAUGCCGGGGAAGUGAUAGAAGUGACAGACAUGUCGGACAAGGACUGGUGGUGGGGUUCUAUCGAGCAGCGCAACGGAUGGUUCCCGGCCGCCUUUGUUCGGUUACGGGUUAACCAGGAGGACACUGUGGAGGACUGCAUGACCAAGAUGGCGGAUGGCACGCUGACAAAGCAGAAACCCCGCAAGAUGAGCGUCAGCCUGCUCAGCAACGAGCAGGUGCGCGCCAAGGUGGUCAUGGAGAUUGUCAACACCGAGAGGGACUUCGUCCACCAUCUGAAGGACGUCGUAGAAGGAUACCUGAAGCCAGUGCUCCGGAGGCCAGACAUGUUUUCCGAAGAGCGGCGGAUGACCAUCUUCGGCAACAUCGAGCAGCUGUACGCCUUCCAGAGCAGGUUCCUCGAUCAUCUGGAGGCCUCUGUCAACUGGGAACAGCCCCACCUUAGUCAGAUUGGGAGCGUCUUCUUGCAACACAAGCUGGAAUUCAGGAUUUACUCGGAGUAUUGCAACAACCAUCCAUUAGCAGUCAGUGAACUUCAAGAGGUCUAUGCAGACUCCAAAUACGUCCAUUUCUUCGAGGCCUGCCGACUGCUCCAGGACAUGAUCGACAUCUCGCUGGACGGCUUCCUGCUGACGCCCGUGCAGAAGAUCUGCAAGUACCCACUGCAGCUGGCUGAGUUACUCAAGUACACGCGUCCUGAGCACCAGGACUACUGGGCCGUCAGAGAUGCCCUGAUUGCCAUGCGAGGCGUUGCCCACAUGGUCAACGAGCGCAAACGCCGCAUGGAGUGCCUCGAGAAGCUGGCCGAGUGGCAGACGGCAGUCUUCAACUGGGAGGGUCCCGACCUGCUAGACACGAGCUCGAUGCUUGUCCACUCGGGUGAAGCGGUCCGCGUUUCUUCGUCCUGGUCCAGAGACGUGGUCAGUCUGUUCCUGUUUGACAAUCUCCUGGUGUACUGCAAGAAGGACAUGAUAAAGCGCAACACCAUGUCGUACAAGGGCCGACUGAACAUGAAUUCCUGCUGCGUCAGGGAUGUCGAAGACGGAAAAGAUUCCCAGUUUGGGGUGAGUGUGAAGAACGCCUGGAAGGUGUACUGCUCGUCCAGGGAGAAGUGGUACCUGUUCUUCGCCAAGACGGCCGAGGAGAAGGACAAGUGGCUUCAGGCGUUUAAGAACGAGAGGGACCGCGUUCGAGACGACAAGGAGCAAGGAUACGUUGUGACCGAGAACGCGAAGAAGUCUGCUCGGAUGGCUUUCCACAACAAGUUGAAGCCCAAGAGACCUCGAGCCAAACUGCCCAAGGGCCCUCGCUCGCAGCACCCGGACGUAGCAGUGGUGGAGAUCCUUCUUGAUCCGCCGGGCCCCAAGCCGCGCACGGGGAGUCUCCCCUCGACAUUGCACAUGAGCUACAGCGCACCCGCCAAUGGACUGCCCAAGAAGAAAGGCUCCGGCUGGUUUCAUUUUGGCAGCGGCAAGAAGGUGAAGAAGUGACGUUCCUCUCAAAGACAGGGGCAAUGCCCCCGUACCUCCUCGCUUGCAUUGUUCGCAAGUCCCAAGGACUACACCUGAGAUUUUGUGGAAACUAUUUAUUGUGCACGGAGGAAGCAGCCUUUUGGAUACCAUUUGUCCCGCAGAGGGCACUCAAGUCUUUAAAGAUGGCAUCUUUUUUUUUUGUAAUCUUUGAAUUAUUUUUUUUUUCUUACAGUGGUGUUGUUGACUGGCAUUGUGAAAUUAGUUUUUGGCCAUGUUGCGAAGGUUCAGGUUUAUUGGGACUGCGUGCGGACGUGGUUUUGCGUUGACGCGUGGGGUGUUGCCGAGAGUUUGGAGAGGAGCUCUUUGUUCCUUUUCUUUGCCACUUGACAAUGAAACCUUCCACGAAGCCUCGAGAUUUUCUUGGUACAGGUCAGCUGCAUGUCCGUUGUUGAAUGAACUGAUACUAUAAAUUGAGGAAAAUGAGACUGAAACCUUUCGUUAAACGGUUUGCAUUCCAUGUUGUCCGCAAAUGUGUGUUAAGUCUAUUACUAAAUUGUUGUUGUGCAGUGUUUUUUCUAUGAAUAGGUAACUCAAGUUAUGAGCAAUAGCAUCAUUUGUAAAUGAGGUUAAUACGGAUAACGUACAAAUUAGUCUGGAGUGUGCGAGUGCUGUUACAAUGUGGCGCAGUUUGUGCAAAGAAAUGUCUCGAUGAAGCAUGCAAGACACUGUUGCUGCCUUCUCUGGAGGUCAAUCACCAGUAUAUGCUAUUGUAUACUUUGUCACGAUUGAUGUCUAGAGCCGUAGGCACCUCAAUCAAUGCGAUACAUGAAUUAGUAGACAUUCGAAUUUGCCGAUUGAUCCCAGACGAAGUGUGGUACAAGCAUUUUUGUAGCAGCUUCCGUCAGAGAGACGAACAAUCAAAAAACAUUUAUUUCCACAAUUGCUCGCUUAGUGUAGCAAACUAGCACUUGCAUAAAGAAAGAAGUGCAUUUGACAAAAAAAAUUUUCACAUUGGUAGCAGUGAUCAAGUGAGCUGUUUAGGGAGAUAAUAAUUUUUCAUGUAUCUGUUUACAUGGUAGCUGUGUAUAUACUUCUCCCAGUUAGUGCUCUUAUGCGUCGCCUUGGACGUAACCCUGCCUAAUGUGGUUUUAGACAGGAACCCAGACCUGUAAAGCUGUUAUCCCUGCAGUGCGACGACUAGGCAAGUUUCCGUUUGCCACAUCGAGACGCGCAUUGGAGCUGGAGAACCUCGCGGUUCAUUUCCUGUCUAUGGUGUGUUGCGAGCGCAGCUGCUUUUGUUUUUGUAAUAUAUAUCGUAAAGACUAGUCUAGUUUGGAUUCCCAGAGGCAGCACAGUUCCCCUAACCCCACCCACACAAGAACAGAGUAUGAAUGAUGGUUGCCAACUGUUUUUGGUGCAGAAGUCCGGACAGACGCUAACCAGUUCACGAUCGUACUGACAGGACUCGCAUUCACGGGUUUCUCGGAAAUACUGUUGCCACUUUGAGACUCUUUAUCGACAGUUGUGGGAGAAAAGAAAUAAAAGACUCCCUUUGAACGCAGCGUUGAUGUUAUACGAUGUUGCACAAUGUUUCACAAUGUAUCAAAAUGUUUCAUGAUGUAAUAUUGGCGGCAAUGGCACCCGGCGCGUGCAGUGUUGUGGCCAGCGACGAUGUCCGGCCGGUGGCGUGCAUGCGUGCAGUGUUUGAGGGCCCAGUCCCUUGGCCGACCCCGAGCACAAUCUUCUGACGAUGUCUUCCAGCGGCAAGAGUACCCUUGUAGUCUCGGUUCAGCUAGUCUGUGAGGAAAGGCCCGAGGAGGCUGCACUCCCCGAGUCAUGGCACCGUGCACCUGUCCCUGUCCGAAAAAUACAAACUGUACAUAGUCUGUAUAUUUUAAAGUGUGUACAUACUUUUAUAUGUUCUUACCAUUUUAGGACGCUACAAAGUGCUUAUGCGUGGAAUUAAAUGUUUGCAUUUAACACCGA